AUGGCAAAAUCCAUCUUAAAUUUCCUCUCUUUCAAUCCAAACAAAUGUAAAGAACUACAACUCUCUUGUGCUCAUGCUUUUGUCUCCCUCACCACCCUGUGUUUCUUGCUCUCUCAAACUUCAGCUUCUCAAUGUGUCCUUGAUGAUCAUCAGUCUUUAUCUUGGAAUGACUCAAACUGUAAAGCAGGCAAUUGGGGUGGAUUUGUAAAUAACUGUAGUUGUGGGGUAGCUUUAGAUGACUACUUGUAUGCAUUGGCACAAAGGGCCAACCAGAGUAAUGAGCAGAAGCUUUUCUUGAAUUCCACUGAACAAAAUAGCUGCAUUGAUAAGGAUGUUUCUGGCUGUGGCUUUGAAAAGCUAACCAGUGGAGCCGGUGGCUGCUCUGAUUUUUCUACCAAGGAUGUUGUUGAUAAUCUAGGAAAUGCACUCAGUGAGCUUGAAGAAGACUGCAAACUUCUUGGCUCAGCCGAAAAAUCGGAUACUAUUGCUUGCAGUGCCUGUCUAAAGAGGUGGGAAGAGAUUGUUGCAAAGGAUGGGAAUGGGACUGAAAAAGAAGAAGCUGAAACUAUGGUAUGUAGUUUUGCUGUUUUAAUCAGUUUAACUGGCAGAAGAGCUAAAGAUGAGAAUUGGAUUCGAUCCCUUUAUAGAUGCCUUGGGGAUCAGAACUUUUUAAGAGAAAAGGAAGACAGAUCUAGUAAACAUAAAAAGUUGAGGACAGGUUUAUGGAUUCUAGCUGGGGGUCUAGUGGGAAUUAUAAUACUAGUAUCUGGUAUAACAUGGGCAUUGUGUAGGAAGAGAGUUGAAGAACGUCUUCUAUCAGGAAAAGAGGCAUCAGAUAGCAUGGACAUGGAGUCUACAACUGAAGAAAUCGGCUGCCUAAAGAUAUCAAUUAAGGAAGUUUAUUUUGCAACAGACAAUCUCAAUUCUUCUAACUUCAUUGGCCAAGGUGUAGCAGGGAAAGUAUAUAAAGGAAUACUUUCAAGUGGGAAACAUGUAGCAGUGAAGCACAUAAUCAAGGAUGGACAAGUAGACACAUUCAUUAGAGAAGUGAGAAGCCUUUCACAUGUCAAACAUCCAAACCUUGUUGCUUUACUGGGAUAUUGUGAGGCCGCAGAUGAAUGUUUCCUGGUCUAUGAACUUUGCCACAAUGGGAACCUUUCAGAAUGGUUGUUUGGUAAAGAUAAUGUUCUCUCGUGGAUUGAAAGGCUAAAGAUUGCUAUUGACAGCGCCAAAGGUCUAUGGUUUCUGCAUACUUAUCCAGAUGGUUGCAUUGUUCAUCGUGAUAUCAAGCCAACAAAUAUUCUCAUAGAUUCUGAAUUUCAAGCCAAACUCUCGGACUUUGGGUUGUCUAAGGUUAUGGAAAUGGACCAAUCACAUGUGAUCUCAGAAGUCAGAGGGACAUUAGGUUAUGUAGAUCCUGAGUAUCAAAGAAAUCACCAUGUGAACCCUUCUGGAGAUGUUUACAGCUUUGGUAUGGUACUAUUACAACUCUUAUCAGGGCAGCGAGUAAUCGAUUUCAACUUGACCACACCAAUGCUACUCAUCAAAAUGGCUAAAUCUCUCACAGCUAAUGGUAGUUUAGAUGACUUUGCGGACCCCAAACUCAAGAGGGAAUACUCAUUGGAAGCCUUUGAACUUGUAUUCAAGCUAGCUUUGUCUUGCACAGGACAUAAGCAGCAAAGGCCAUCCAUGAAACAAGUGGUCUCAACACUAGAAAAGGCAUUUGAUAUAUCAACACAAUUUGAUUCAGUUACUUGACU